AUGGGUCCACUGCAUGGUGCCACUCAGUAUUCAUAUGUGCUCAUCAUUCAUGAUGCUCAUUCUGGUAUGAUUUGGGUGCAAGGGCUAGCACACAAAGGAGCUGCAUCUCAGGAAGCAGCUUGGUGGUUGUCCAAAAUUCAUGUUGCCAAGAAUCAGAGACCAUCUGAGGUGACCCUGGAUCAUGGAAUCAAAGAGAUCCAGGUGGACCAGGGUGAACUUUGGUCUGCCACCUUCUGUGAGCUGUGUUCUUUGAUGGGCAUGAAGAUCUCCACCUCACCCACUCAACAACACACUGACAAUGCAUUUGCUGAAUGGGCAAUCCAGACGAUCCAGAAGAUUGCCUGGAGCCUUAUCUAUGACUCAGGUAUGGAUGAACAAUGGUGGCCACAUGCCAUACUCCAGGCAGCAUUCAUCCACAAUCGACUUGCAGUUCAGCCAUGCACUCUUCAGGGCACAUAUUUGGGUUUCUCAGACAAACCAUGUGUGGUCAAAGGCCACAAGGUCUGGCUUCCAGAGCUUGACCAUGUGGUUGUUGCAAAAGACAUUCAAUUCUUGGAACUUGAGCAGCUGGGUGUGGAUCCUCAUCCUUUCCACAGGUGUGUCCUUGCUGGCGAUCAUGAGCUUUUACACUCCUACACCUGGUUCCCUCAGGAUGAAGUGACAGAUGAAACAGAAGCAGAUGAUGUGACUCACUCAUUGCUACCAAUGUACUCUUGUCAGUGUACCAUCGAUUCCAAUUCAAGCCCUUCAGAUGUCUCAAGUUUCAGCCAUGAAUGGGACUGA